GCAUUACAUGGAGCCUUGGAGCCCGUGUAAGUAUAUAAAGAGCCUGAUGUCAAAAGUCAGCAGCAUCAGUUGUUUGUCGAAUUGUCUUCCAGUCCACUACUAACACAGCACUCCUCGUCAUGAAGAUUGUCAUUCUUUCCGUAUUGGUGGUCGUGGCUGCUACUCAAACUGCUUACAAUAAAGAGCCGGCUUACAAAACUUCUGAAUACCCCCCACAGCCGUACAGCUUUGAAUGGGAAGUCAACGAUGCUCCUUCCUACAACAACUACGGCCACUCUGAGAAAAGCGAUGGCAAUGUCGUCACCGGAUCGUACCGAGUUCAACUCCCCGACGGUCGCAUGCAAAUCGUCAACUACAAGGCCGACAGUUACGGUUACGUCGCUGACGUAAAAUACGAGGGAGAAGCCAAGUAUCCCGAAUACAAACCAGCCGCUUACAAAGCCCCAGCUCCUUCCUAUCCAGCUCCUCCAGCCCCGUCCUAUCCAGCUCCUUCUGCUCCUGUUUACCAGGCCCCAGCUACUCCAGCCUACAAGGCUCCGGCCCCAGCACCUGCCUACAGAGCCCCUACUCCCGCUGCCCCGGCUUACAAAGCCCCAGAAGCUCCCGUCUACAAAGUCCAAUCUGCUCCCGCUGUCAAAAUCCCUGCCGCUCCGGUCUACAAAACUCCCGCCGCCCCGGCACCUGUAGCCCCAGCUUACAAAGCUCCCGCUCCCGCUGCCCCGGCUUAUAAAGCUCCUUCAGCUCCGGUCUACAGAGCCCCUACUCCCGCUACUCCGGUUUACAAGGCCCCGGCUCCUGCGGCCCCGGUUUACAAGGCUCCCGCUCCCGCGCCUCCGGUAUACAAAGUUCCAUCCACUCCAAUCUAUAGGAGUUCCGCUGCUGCCUCUUCGCCUUGGAUUCCAAUUCGCUCCUAAAAUACUAUAAGCUCAUACAAUAAUUAAAUAGUGCUCAAUUUAAUUAGGUUGUGUUUACAGGAAAGAAUUGACAAUGACGCUGGUUGCAUUCGAUGAUAUACGUGCCCCUUUUGUAUGCCCCAUUAAUACUCUUUUGCGUGUGUGUGUGUGUGUACCUUAAAGAAUACAAUUUUUAAAAGAUAGAAAAA